AUGUCCGUGUCCGAAGGAGGAGCACACCCAUCCGGAGACGAUGAUAUCGAAGAUUUUAAAGAACAGGAUCGAUUCCUUCCGAUAGCAAAUGUCGCGCGUAUAAUGAAACGCGCUUUACCAGAAAACGCAAAGAUAGCGAAAGAAGCCAAAGAAUGCGUACAAGAUGAUCGUUGUCAGCAAGAAAAAAGAAAAACCAUUAACGGGGAAGAUAUUUUAUGGGCGAUGCAGUCUUUAGGAUUUGAAAAUUAUGCGGAGGCACUAAAGAUCUACUUGGCAAAGUAUCGAGAGGUAAAUCUCUUCAUAAAUAAGGAUAUUCGUAUUGGUCAUAUACUAACCUCGUUAACCUUGCAUAAUAGUGCCGCCGCAUCAAAGUUAUCUCGAAAUCAUCCAGUCAGAAAUCCCAACCUUAACGUUACACCCCGGAUUUCACCUUUUGUGCGUACCUUUUCGGCAACCGCCCAAUGCCGUCGAUUAAAAAUUCCUCUUAAAAAAAUCGAUCCAAAAGUAAAAGUACCCGAUGAUCCGUAUGACUUAACCAAAUUGAUAAAUAAAUUUAGCGAAGAGGGUAGGUUCGAGGACGUAUUAUCAAUCGUAUGGAAUACGAAAAGGAGCGCGCAAUCAGUGGUCGUAUGGAAUCAUUUGAUUCAUCACAGCGUCAAGAAAGGAAAGCUUAAAUUAGCAAUUCGAUUAUUAAAUGAGAUGAAAAAACGUUCGUUCGUUCCAAAUGAACAAACGUACACAAUCUUAUUAAAUGGUAUCGCGGAAAAUCGAACGUUCAACGAUAACGUCGCACAAGCUCGAACCAUCUUGGAAAGUAUCCAACAUAGUCAAGUUGAACUUAACUCGAUUCAUGUCAAUUGUUUACUUAAAGUUUGUUCCAGAUCGGAUGAUUUUGAAACCUUAAAAGAGAUUUUUAAUGAAUUCAUCAGUAAGGGGAAAUGGUUACCAAAUCAAGAAUCAUUUACGAUCAUGAUAAAUGCUUGCGCGAGGCAAGGUACUGAUGGGUAUGAUAUCGCAUUAAAAUUAUGGAAUCAAUUCGAUGUUAAUUCCAUAGAGUAUCAACAAAUGGUGAAACGAGAUUUGGAGUGGAAUUUGGUUAAGAGACCUAGUGAGGUUACGAUUGAUGAUCACCUUGUACGUUCCAUGUUAUUGGCCUUGAAUCAAUUUCCGGACUUACCAUUAGAUAUCUAUAAUUUUAAUAAAUUGAUCCUCAUGUGUAAUCAAUCAAAACAAUUUGAAAAGGCCAUUUCAACAAUAAAUUCCAUUCGGAUCAGAGAUUUAAAUUUAACCCCGGAAACUUAUGAUUUACUCAUGAUUUCUUGUAGGAUGAAUGAGAAUUGGUCCAUGGCCAAAUUAUUAUAUAUAGAUAUCAUGAAAUUUAAAAAGAAACUCGCUUUUGAUUUACGAAUUUUAACAAAGGUAUUUGAAUUGGCCGAGAUUAAACGGAUCAAUGAUCAUUCUUUAUUUGAAACUAGAUGGCUAUUGAUCUCAUUACAUAAAAUUGGUUUACAAGAUAUCAUUACUUCGAUUGAAAACGAAAAGAAUUUUGAAUUAUAUAACAACAACUUGCUUGGUCAGAUUUUGAACGCUUAUAAAUCAACUUUAGAUGAUGAAGGUUUGACCGAUCAACAAAAGGUCCUUUGGAUCAGGAAUUUUAAAAUUCUUAAAGAUUACUUCGAGAGGAAACAAAUUUCCAACAGGAUGAGAUCUAAAAUCACAUACAUAAAUACUCCUAGAGGGGUGAAAAGUUUCGAGACACUUAUAGGAGAUUCAUAA